AUGUCCCACACUAUCCUGAUCACCGGCGCGUCAGGCUAUCUAGGCGGCACACUGCUCGCACAAUGGACGCAAACCUCUCUGCCGGCGUACAAGCGGCUAUUUGCACUGGUGCGCAGCGACGAGCAAGCGACGUUGGUGAAGAGGCACUUCGGGGCCGUGGCCGAGCCUCUCCAAUUCGAUACCAAGGACGGCGUGGCAGUGAGGGAGGCCGUGGUCGCCAACCAGAUCAGCAUCGUGUAUUUCCUGGUCGAUGCCAUGACUGCCGAUGCGCAGGUGCAUUUUAUCCGCGCUCUAGCAGAGGUAAAGCAGAGUACGGGGCUCGAUGUCCAUUUCCUGCAUACCAGCGGCGCAAAGAUCUUCUCCAGCCACGCCGGCGCGCCUACGGACCGCCCGCUCCUGGACACUGAGGCCGAUCUGUACGAGAUCCAGAAGGCGCAGGAGGCGCCCAUCCCGCUGAUGCAGUCGGCCGUUAACACGAACAACACUGUCAUCGAACAGGCCGAGUCUCUCGGCGUGCACAGCUACAUCUUCGUGCCUUGUAUCGUGUACGGCCGAGGCGAAGGGUUCGGAAACCGCAUCUCGAUCCAGACCGUCGCGAUCGUGCGCGCUGCGCGGGCACUGCGGCGCGUAUACAGCGUCGACAGCGGACGCCCUUCCUGGCCCGUAUGCCACGUCCUCGACAACACAAGCCUGUACCUCGCCCUGCUACGGGGAAUCCUGUCCUCUUCCUCCCCCAAUGGCAGUGGUAACGCCACCGGCACUCAACCCCCCGGUAGCGGCAAACACGGCUACUACCUCGCCUCGUCCGGCCACGUGGUCUGGGAGGAUCUGUACGCCGCGAUGGGCACACGGUUGGCACAGCGUGGUAUGGUUGACGGCGAUCCUACCGCCGCCGGGGCCGUCGAGCGCGCGACGGACGAGGUGUUGGGCAAGAUGGGCGCGGCGUUAGGGUGUCCGAAGGAGUUGGUCGCGUUACACCUUGGUGGACGAUGCACAUUCACCGCCCGCCACGGCGCCGAGGACCUCGCUUGGCAGCCGGCGUACCCGGCGAACCACAUCCUGCAGACGGCGGGCGAGGAGGUCGACUUGAUCCUCGACAAUCUCAGCGGCUGA